AUGGUACCUUGCAUAGAUGAUUCAAGGAUCAAUGACCGAAAUGGUGUUGAUUCAUGCAUCAACAAUCCUCUUUCCAACCUCAUCACAUCAUCCAACACAACUCAGGCCCUGAUGACUCUUCAUGAAAAAAAUCAUCCUUCCCCCAGGGAUAUGGAUCCUAUAUGGUUGAAGAUUCAUCAGGAAGCCUCACUUGGUGAGAAACAGGAGCCAAUCCUGUCAACAUUCUUCCGCUCAACAAUACUGUCCUUUGAUUCGCUCGAGAGCGCGUUAGCCAAUCUGUUAGCUGUUAAACUCUGCAAUCCGUAUCUUUCCAGGGAAACUCUUUAUGGAGAAUUCCUACUAGCUCUCCAGGAAACUGAUGAGAUAUUGCAGGGGAAUAUCAGGGAGGCCAUCAGGGCUGAUUUAAGAGCCUGGAGAGAGCGUGACCCAGCCUGUUUGAGUUAUCUCCAUUGUUUUCUAGAUUUCAAGGGCUUCCAAGCCUGCCAAGCAUACAGGAUAUCCCACACGCUUUGGUUGCUAGGUAGAAGAGGAUUAGCUCUCAUAAUUCAGGCCCGGGUUUCGGAGGUUUUUGGGGUGGACAUCCAUCCAAGGGCGAAAAUCGGGAAAGGGAUAGUGAUUGAUCAUGCCACUGGAGUAGUAAUAGGGGAGACUUGUGUGGUUGGAGACAAUGUCACAAUCUUCCAUAAUGUUACACUUGGAGGCAGGGGAGAAGAAAUCUGGGCGGGCGGAGAGUUUCAGAGGACAGGAUUCAUCGUUUGGCAAGCCCCAAAUCCCCAUGAACUACUUGGAGGGAAUCAAUAUGAUGAGGUUUUCUCAGGCGAGCAACGGCGGCGACACCCGGAGAUUGGAGAUGGGGUAUUGAUUGGGGCUGGGGCUAAAGUGUUGGGAAACAUUAGGGUGGGAAAUGGUGCUAGAAUUGGUGCCGCUUCUCUGGUGUUGAAGGAUGUUCCUCCUUUGGCUACUGCUGUUGGAAAUCCUGCGAGACUGGUUCACCACAAAAGGAAGAAAAUUCCACCUUGA